UUGGAGAGCGGCUCCAACUCCAUGGAGCCCUCCAUCAUCUAGCUCCAGCAUCAGUCCUCUGCAGCUAGAUCAUGACAGCGAUUUUGAAGGUUUCGAUUCGAGCCGCCUUCAUCAACAAAUCUCUGACAUGACGAACCCCACGGACCAGGCCGUUCAAAACGGCAACACUGAAUCUGCUGGUUCACAGAAUGGUCACCUCCGCAACUCACGUGCAGUUGGCCCUCUACCUCAUCCUGGCCGCGUCUUCACCAGCCAGCAAUACUUGUGUGAGGAGUGGAUCAAUCGACAGGUGCUUCUGAUGUUCAGCGAUCCUGGCAAUGAAAUCCGCGAGCGUUUUGACGGUAUCGAUAUGAUCGACAAUCUAGUUGAUGUUUUGCAGCUUCCAAUUAAGACUUUCGAUACUGCAUGCACCUUCUUUCACAGACUACGACUUAAGCAUGGCGAGAACAAGUUCCUCGGCCAGGAUGCCGCCAUCGCUUGUCUCUUUGUCGCUUGCAAAGCUGAAGACACUCUCAAGAAGUCGCGUGAGAUCAUUUGUGCCAACUACAACAUGAAGCAGGCCAUCUCCAAGACCGAUCAUCUUGCUCCACGAACUCCUGACGAUGUUAUGUUUGAGAAGCCUGCCGUUCUCAUCCAAGGCCUGGAGCGUCUGGUACUCGAGGCCAUCGGUUUUGACUUUCGUUGUCGCUAUCCCCAGAAGUACAUGAUCAAGCUUUUUAAGAUUGUGCUUUCGAAGGAAGAGGCACAGCAUGUCUAUUCCGUGGCUCUUGAUAUGUCAUACGACUUGUACAAGACCUACAAUCCCCUCAAGAACACAAACUUCGGCAUGGCUCACGCCCUCGUGGAGCUAUCUUCACGACUCACUGGCGAGCACCUCGACAAGAUCAUGCAGCUCGAUAUCACACGCUUCAGCACACCCCGCAUGCGAAUUCGCCAAGGCAUGCUGGACUUGCUUGAUCUGUACACUAAGCAUCACAGCAAGACCAAGCUCGGCGCCAGAAUUGAUCUUGAUACCUUCAUACGAGUCAAGAUUGAUAUCAACAAGGAGAUCGAGGAGGCUGGUCGAGAUGCCCUGCCUCGCUGCCCCUGGCCCCUUCCCCCCAACGAGGACCUACAUGCUGCUCCUGUCCCUCCCAACCAGAAGGGUGUCACUAACCGUUUCGUCUUCGACGUCGAUGAGGCACGUCGCGAGCAGGGCAUUGUCAGGCAGUAUUUGGAGGAUGAAUACGAAGAGGUUGAGGUCGAGGUGGAGGAGGAGAUUGGCGAGAUCAUUCCCGAUCGUCCCCGUGACCGCCGCGGACAUGGUCAUGAGACCCAUGGCCAUGGCGGCAAUCGUGGUGGCCAUGGUCAUGGUCACGGUCAUGGAGGCCGACACGGUGAUGAUGGUGGAUGGGCCCGUGGUGGUCGUCGCCAGAACGAUCGUCGCCGUCGCGGUGGUCGUGGCGGCGGUGGUGGCUGGUAGACCAGUUGUCUCAUUUCUCAUGCAUAAUACGGCGUUUGGAAGGAUGAUACCCCCACAUUGCAUAUACUGGUUUGAAUGGCUAUAUAGCUAGUUCUAGGAACAAACAAAGCUUGACCAUUAAUACGGGACUUCUUCAUGCGAUAUACUGCGAACGUACUGCUAAUACUUAGUUCCCUGUAGGAACCGACAGAAAACCAUAUCAUCGAACCGUGUGAUUGAAACCUGCAUGUGUGCUGCAAUACAAGAU